AUGUCAGGGGCCGCGACUGCUUUUACAGCAGCAAACUUCGACGGUUCCGCCUUCCACUACCGCGAUUCGUCGUUCACACUUAGCCCGCGAUUCUCAUCCUCCGACGGGCUCUCUCCCACCGAUCGCGACGUCUACCUGCUUGCAGCGCUCGACUCUGCUGACCUCGACGACCAGGAGACCCCAGACCCCCCUUUCGAAGUGGCUUGGGACCAAGAUUCACAGCCUACUUCCACCCAGAUCCGUCAGCUUAACGAUCAGCCCUAUUACGAGCAAAACAACAGCCCCGCCGUGGACGAAGACUCCGAAGGCAUCCCAGAGCACGUGUUCGCCGAACUCUUUGAGGAAGGUGACGGCGAGCAGCAAACCUAUGUCCAGCAGGCGAGUUCUGAGACUUUUCACAAGGUCGCUUUCGAGACUCGUCCCUCGAGCCCUGCGCGCGAAACCACCCAAGUUGUCGCAUCCUCGACGGCUCAGGUCAACAACCAACCUCGCCACCAGGCUUCCCUCGCACAGUCAGCGGCCGAUCGAGCUCCUACUCAAGUUAUCGACGUUGACGAGCAAAUGACUAACAACACCAUCGCGCGGCCCCCCGCCAGAAAAUCUACUGAGACUUCCACCCAGAGCCCCCAGCAGACCUGGCAAGAGACACCCUCACCUCAAGGCACUUCUGCUUCCUCACCCAAGAAAGCCAAGAUGGGACCUUCCGCUGCCAUGGUACAGCAGUUCAACGACAAGGACGAGGCCACCGGCCGUCCUCGCUUGCAACAGUCGUGGAUUGACUACACCGCACGCGUUUUCGAAAAGGACUACGCGCACGAGAUUUGGCAUCCCGAGUUGCAAGGCAAGAUCAUGGCAGACCUCCAACGACCUGUCAGCAUCAACAACUUCUAUGUUGCUCGCCAUACGGCUUACAGGAACUUCACCAGGUUCGUGAAAGGUGAGAAGACGCCUUACAACGAGGUGGAUAUAUGGGCCAUCUUCUUCCGCAAUGAGAACGGUCUUCCCGACAUCUGGGCGAGUGGUAUCAACUCUGAUCAAGCCUACCUAUUUUCGGACGUCAUUAACGCUGCCGUCGGAAAUGAGUCAUAUGACUGCGUCAAGUCCGCCUACAACAAGACGCGAGGAUUGAAGGGUAUCACCUACUUCAAGCCUUCCGGAUCGGCCGGUCAGCGCAAGGUCAACCCGACGACCCCAAAGAAGCGCAAGAUGGAGGUGGAAUCAGACCAAUCUGAUUCAGAGGUGGAGUGUCUGGAGUACAUCUCUACGAAGAAACCCAAACUCGACAAACGCGAUGAUGCUGACGGCGGAGGAGGAGCCAGAGGAGGAGUCAUUCAGGGCAGCAAGACUACCAAGAGCACCAAGGACGCCGCUGGAGCCAAGAAUACGGCGGUGGGAAAUCAGGAGUUGAAGGAGAACAAGAAGGCUGUCGGCAACAGCCUCUCGCAGAAGAAGCUUCAUGACGACUUCGAUGCCGAGGCAGAGAGUGAUACGGAAAGCGUCAUGAGCGACAGCACCAUCGUGAAGAAGCCGGAGUCUGACACCGACAAUGACGAGGAUGACGAUGGCCUCGAUGAUGACGAGCCGGUUGACUCCUGGAUUCUUGAGAUGAAGGCGAAGAUGGAAGAGCCUGAGGAGGAGACCGAAGAGAAGCCCAACUUCACCGUUAAGGAGAAGGUCAACCAGCGCGAUGCCUUCUUCAAUACCCUUGGGACCGUCCCGCCGGAAUUCCAAGACAAGGUCUUCCGAACCAUCAUGUUGGACGUUAUUCAAGAUAUGGGGAUCGAUCCCAACGAGAAGCUUGCGAAGCAAGUGAAGCCGUUCAAGAAGUUGAUCAAGAUGGAGGGAAAGAAGAAAUGA